CUGCUUCUCUUUCCCCCACGGGAGGAUGAGCGUGGCGGGUCCUUGUCAGCGAACGUUUGGAAUCCCCCGAACUCUGUGGUUAAGGGGAACACUUCAGGCCGAGCCUGCUGGAAACCCCAGCUCCGCCCUCUUGCUUCGCGGAGCAUUGUCUCAAUUCAAUCCUUGUGGCCCUUGGCUGCUGAGCACUUGGAAAAGCUUCACAGAGCCCACUUGAAAUGGCUGCGCAUCAAACCCAAGUGGUAUAAAUUUGGGGGUGCUUCAUUGGGACGUGUUUGUCAAUGAUGAGUUAACCCGGGAAUAUUCAGGUUAUGCUGAAGAUGUGUCAUCCUCUCCUGCGUCUCCGGCAACACCAUAAACCACGUUGAGCUUGUGUUUGUCACAGCUUCAAAAAAAAAUGAGGGUGCUCAAUAUACCUGAACUUUCGGCCUCUACCAAAGUAGAUUUGUCUUUUAAAAACUCCCACCUUGGAGUUAAGACAGGAAGUUAUUCUGCGUGCCAGAGCGCUAUGACAUUUAGUCAUAAACCAGGUUUGGAAACAUUGUGUGAUCUCUUACAUUUUGAAUUUUGUUUCAGAUGGGAAACUCUUGUCUAGUGAUGUGACUCAUUACGUGAUCCCAGACUGGAAAGUUGUUCAAGAUUAUCUUGAGAUCCUUGAGUUUCCUGAGUUGAAGGGAAUUAUUUUCAUGCAAACAGCUUGUCAAGCUGUACAGCAUCAAAGAGGCCGGAGACAGUAUAACAAGCUGCGAAACCUGCUGAAGGAUGCCCGUCAUGAUUGCAUCCUCUUUGCUAAUGAAUUCCAGCAAUGCUGCUAUCUGCCUCGGGAAAGAGGAGAGUCCAUGGAGAAGUGGCAGACCAGGAGCAUAUACAACGCGGCUGUUUGGUACUAUCAUCACUGCCAGGACAGGAUGCCAAUUGUUAUGGUGACAGAAGAUGAAGAGGCAAUUCAGCAAUAUGGAAGUGAAACAGAAGGAGUAUUUGUGAUUUCUUUCAAGAAUUACCUGGACAAUUUCUGGCCUGAUUUAAAAGCUGCCCGCGAGCUUUGUGAUUCUAUCCUUCAGUCUCGACGGGAGAGAGAGAAUGAGAGUCAGGAGAGCCAUGGGAAGGAGUAUCCAGAACAUCUUCCCCUGGAAGUGUUAGAAGCUGGGAUUAAAUCUGGACGCUAUAUCCAGGGAAUUCUGAAUGUCAACAAACACAGAGCCCAAAUAGAAGCUUUUGUUCGACUUCAAGGAGCCAGCAGCAAAGAUUCAGAUUUAGUCAGUGACAUCCUAAUCCACGGGAUGAAGGCUCGAAACCGCUCGAUUCAUGGGGAUGUGGUAGCUGUGGAGCUGCUCCCUAAAAAUGAAUGGAAAGGGAGGACUGCAGCCCUGAGUGAGAAUGACAGUGACGACAGAGCCCCGGGCGAGUCCCCAAGUGAGCCCAUGCCUACGGGUCGAGUGGUGGGCAUACUUCAGAAGAACUGGCGGGAUUAUGUGGUGACAUUUCCAUCCAAAGAAGAGGUCCAAUCUCAGGGCAAAAAUGCUCAGAAAAUCCUGGUUACACCUUGGGAUUACAGAAUUCCCAAAAUUCGAAUUAGCACUCAACAAGCAGAAGCCCUCCAGGACUUCAGGGUGGUGGUGCGCAUUGAUUCCUGGGAGUCAACGUCUGUGUAUCCAAAUGGACACUUUGUGCGUGUUUUAGGAAGAAUCAGAGAUCUGGAAGGGGAAAUUGCAACCAUCCUGGUGGAAAACAGUAUUUCAGUUGUCCCUUUCUCGGAAGCUCAGAUGUGUGAGAUGCCGGUGAACACACCAGAAAACCCCUGGAAGGUGAGUCCUGAAGAGGAACAAGAACGUAAAGACUUGAGGAAAAGCCAUCUUGUGUUCAGCAUUGACCCCAAAGGUUGUGAAGAUGUGGAUGACACACUCUCAGUCAGAACCUUACACAAUGGCGACCUGGAACUUGGGGUCCACAUUGCAGAUGUAACACACUUUGUGGCACCAAAUUCUUACAUUGAUAUUGAAGCUAGAACAAGGGCCACCACUUACUACUUAGCAGAUCGUCGUUACGACAUGCUGCCUUCCGUCCUCAGUGCUGAUUUGUGUUCCCUCCUGGGAGGCGUGGAUAGGUAUGCUGUAAGCAUCAUGUGGGAAUUGGAUAAAACCUCUUAUGAAAUUAAGAAAGUGUGGUAUGGCAGAACCAUUAUUCGAUCAGCAUACAAACUGUUCUAUGAAGCAGCCCAGGAACUACUGGAUGGAAACUUCAGCAUUGUUGAUGAUAUUCCAGAAUUCAGAGACUUGGAUGAGAAGAGCAGACAAGCCAAGCUGGAGGAGUUAGUGUGGGCAAUUGGAAAGCUGACUGACAUAGCUCGCCAUGUCAGAGCUAAACGAGACGGAUGUGGUGCCCUGGAACUGGAAGGGGUGGAGGUUCGCGUACAGCUAGAUGAGAAAAAGAAUAUUCACGACCUCAUCCCCAAGCAGCCCCUGGAAGUCCAUGAGACGGUGGCUGAAUGCAUGAUCCUGGCCAACCACUGGGUGGCCAAGAAGAUCUGGGAGAGCUUCCCUCAUCAGGCCUUGCUGCGCCAGCACCCUCCUCCACACCAGGAGUUCUUUUCGGAGCUCCGGGAAUGUGCAAAAGCCAAAGGCUUCUUCAUAGAUACACGGUAUUCCUCUUUGAGGGGGCAGAGGAAUGGAGGGGCAGCACAGCAUUCUCAGAAGCAGUCUACUGAGCUCUUCCAGUGCAUGUACUUCAAAGACAAAGACCCUGACACCGAGGAGCGUUGCAUAUCUGAUGGAGUUAUUUAUUCAAUUCGAACAAAUGGUGUGCUUGUAUUUAUACCAAGGUUUGGGAUUAAAGGUGCUGCUUAUCUAAAAAAUAAAGAUGGUUUAGUCAUCUCAUGUGGCCCAGACAGCCGUUCUGAAUGGAAACCAGGAUCCCUUCAACGAUUUCAAAACAAAAUUACCUCUACUACAACAGAUGGGGAAUCUGUUACAUUCCACUUGUUUGACCAUGUAACCGUAAGAAUAUCCGUACAGGCCUCACGCUGCCAUUCUGAUACCAUCCGACUUGAAAUAAUAAGUAACAAACCAUACAAGUUACCAAAUACAGAGCUUUUUCACCAGAGUUCCCCCUUGCUGAAGAGUGAGUUAGUGAAAGAAGUAACUAAAUCUGUGGAAGAAGCUCAGCUUGCCCAAGAAGUCAAAGUAAACGUCAUUCAGGAAGAAUAUCAAGAAUAUUGUCAAACAAAGGGAAGGAGCCUGUACGCACUUCUGGAGGAGAUAAAGGACCUGGCCCUCCUGGAUGUUUCAAACAAUUACGGAAUAUGAAAGACUCUUACUGCACUGAGAGCUGCCACGUGAAUGUUUUACAGUCUUUUCAAACCUAACAUUUAAUGUGUGUCACUCUAGUCGAUCAGGACUGGGUAGCUAUUUCACAUACAUGUAAAAUGUUCUCUCACUCAUUAAACUUGCAUUAAAUUAAGUAUAAUUAGGUCACUUUUUAAACUGAGUUUUCAGUAAUGAGUGGAUAGUAAGUGGUGGCUCUGCAGAUUGCUAGCCCCUUUUUAGUAAUUUUAAUAAACCCAAAAUUAUUGGUUAUCUUGUCUCAAA